AUAGCACCAGUUAUAAAGAAACGUGUUCAUGGAAAACCAUCCCCAUGGAUGACGGAUGAGAUUAAAAAAGCAAUGAACGCUCGCGAUAUGCUAUUGCGUAAGUCCAGGAAAACAAAGUCCGAAUCUGAUGUGUCUGCGUAUAAAAAGAAACGGAAUGAAGUGAAUUCAUUGUUGAAAAAGUCAAAACAAGCAUACUGCAAAAAUCUGUUGAAUGAAACCUCAAACAACUUGGAUAAGUUUUGGAAUACUAUAAAGAAGUUAUAUCCGAACAAUCCUGCGAGACA